GUCAAUCUUUGGAGGUGGGAAAUAGCAUAUUAUACAGCCACUGUGUUUGAUUGAGCCUUCCGAGUGCCGGGGUAGUGACUGCCGACCAUUGCACCACACUCGUCUUCUCCGGCCAUUUCUCUAUAGACCGAAAGCAGGAGCUAAGAAGCAGUCUGUCUUUGCCGGCAUUCUCGGAGGUCGCGGACUUAAGAGAGCGGGCCGAGCCGAAUCGCGGUCCUCCAACAAUUGAGCAAACCAUCUCGAAGGCAAACAUCAAUUGCAACCAACGUUUUCUGGAGAACGAUUGCGAUUACAGGGUAAAACACCGCGUACGCGUGCCCUCAGAAAGACCCGGCUCAUGCCAUGCCAAUUGCGCCUGCCGCGUCUGUGUGACAGCCGACACACAUAUCACCACACCUUGCGCCAUGCCGUGACAUCUCAAACCGCCCUUCGGCACUUCCAACAAGUGCGCCAUGCAUCAGAUGCUGCGAAAGCAGCUGAGAGAGAGGCUGCCAGAGAAGCCAUCAAAGAAAAAGCGCGACAAGAGCUCUUGAGACGGCUGAACCAAAGUAUCGACCCGAACGACCUGUCAGCCACGCUCGAAGCACACCGAGAGUCGAAUCGCGCCUCAGUCAUACAUCAAGUACCAACUCACAAAUCCGACCCUGAGGUAUGGCGGCCGAACUUUCUGAACCGAGCCCCUUAUCGAAGUGGAGCUCCAAGACCAUACGAAUAUAGGGUCACACGAGAUAUUCAGGAAAGAGAUGGGUCGAAACAAGACACUCUGGCAGAGUUCUCCGAGACAGUGGCCAAGACAACCAACGAGGACGAUGCAUAUCAAUUGAAGAAGAUGAAAGAUGCAGCACUGCUUGUGCGAGAACAGCGUGCUGCUGCCGACGCUGAGCUGCGAAAUGGCCAGAACUACACGCGCUGGACCAAGUUCCUGCACGAACACGAAAAGCCGCUGAUGGCAGAGAUACCUGAGUACGAUCCCAAAGACCGCCAAACAUUCUUCGAUCUGAUACGAAGAGUCUAUCAUAUCAUCGUCCGGGAGCAGAAGAAAGCCAAGACCUUGGGCGUUCUCAAGGGCCCUGGUAUUCUUAAGGGCAUGGCCAGUCCUUUGCUGUUGCUUUACUCUAGUGUUUUUAGACCUCUGAUGAGCCUCAAAGGCGGCAACGACCCCGAGCCCUGGAACCGCCGACCGAAGAACAAAGGAUACUCUCACAGGGAGUGGUUUGACCUUGAGAUCACCAAGUUUGCCGAAUGGAUGCAAUUGACUACCUCAGAGAAGGCCGCAAGAGCAAAACUGACAGAGACGCUGCUCGAGUUGGUCCCAAGAGCGGCUCCAGACACGGGAGCCGAGCCAUUCGGUUCCCAAGUGACCGGCCUCACAAUGCCAAAUUCGGACAUUGACAUUCGAAUCUACGAACCAAACUUCAACGCUCCGCGCCAGCAAGAUCAAGAAUUUGCCGACAAGGAGGAGAAGCAUGCCUGGCAAGCUCAACAGAGAGCCGAAAAGAAGGCGAGAAUGAUUGCUCACCUCAGCAAGGUCCAAUCUCACCUCGAAAAACACCCAGAUUUCGACCAAAUCGAAAUAACAGAAUCAUAUUACCCCCUGGUCAAAGCCGUUCACUUGCCCACAAGGCUAAAAGUCCAAGUGGUCGCCACAAAACCCAGCGACUCGUCCAGAGAAGCCAUCAAGUCUUACCUUGAGGAGUUGCCCCACCUAAAACCACUCUUCCUUCUCAUGAAGACCACAUUAAAUCUACGCGGUCUUUCUGACCCCUGGCACGGUGGUUUCGGCUCUUACUCAUUAUUCAUGAUGUGCGUAGUCGCCUUGAAAUCCGCCCCUCUCGAACCCGUCAAGCAAAAACCCUUCAACAGUAUAUCAGACGAUUUCCUGUAUAUCCUCAAAUUCUGGAGUCGCUUCGACACCUCAAAAAAACUCUUGACGAUCGAGCCAUUGGGGUCAUGUCAGAAAAAGCUAUGGGCCACUAAGGAGGAAAUCGAGGCCAGCAAGACUGAUUUUGCCCUAUCAGCACGCCUCCGCCUCGCAAAACCAGUCGCCUACAAACCAUACCUCCUCGCCCUCCAAGAUCCCGCAGACCCGAUAAACGACCUCGGCCGCUCCGGCAUGGCAAUCUCCGACCUCCAAAAGACACUCAGAAAACUACAUCGUGAUUUAAUAGAGAGUUUGGAGGAUCCGGCUCGCAAAAAGAAUCCGAGUGCGUUGUUGAAGGGGGUGGUGGGUAGGUGUGAUAGGUUUUUCGAUGAGAUGAGGAUACCGGUUGAUUUGUGGGGGGAGCAGUUUGUGGUGGAGGAGGAGGGGGUGGAUGGGGAGGGGAGGGAAGAAGGGAACGGGGAAGUGGAGAUGGAGGAUGGUGGUGGUGAGGGUGCGCUUUCGUGAGGAAAGAGGUUGCUAUAUGUAAAUGAUAAGAGGAUACAACAUGCUUGUACAUUGUAAGAUAUGAAAAUGGAAGCAGCAAGAUGUCACCAAAUCAAGAACAUCCAAUAUACAUGCACAUGUAGAACAAGGACAAGGAAAACAGCAGGAUGGUCGUUAUCAUGUGGAUUUCCGUAUGUUGUGUUUUACCAGGUCUAUCUGACUCUCUGAAAGUGAAACCGAUGCGCCAGAACGCUCCAUCGUUGUGUGUCUGGCAGUAAAAAGCAAGGCUAAGCCGAGUUGUGCAUACGUGAUGAGGCAAUGGGCUUUUUUGCGUUGCGUGUGAGCGAGCGGUAGCUAGCAGAUGCUCUCCACUGAGAGCUCCAACCGAUGAUUAC